AGCAGGUCAAGCUCUGUAGACAGCUUGGAUGUUCACAGUCUGUGCUGGAACAUUUAGGGGAGCGUGAGAAACGAAUAAGAUUUAACUGACUCGAGCAAAGAGACUGGGCAGUAGAUCUCUCAUCCUCUUUCUCUUCAGCAGGCUGAUAAGGAUACGCAAAUGGACAACAUGAACACAUCCGAUGACAAGCCCGUUCAGCGCUCUAAGUCUUUCAGUUUGAAGACUGAGAAGGAGACGUGUGCAUCAUGCGAAAAGACAGUUUAUCCGAUGGAGAGACUUGUGGCCAACAACCUCAUCUUCCACACCGCAUGUUUCUGCUGCAAGCACUGCAACGCCAAACUCAGUUUGGGUUCCUAUGCUGCACUGCAGGGAGAGUUCUACUGCAAGCCUCACUUCCAGCAGCUCUUCAAGAGUAAAGGGAACUACGACGAGGGAUUCGGUCGCAAGCAGCACAAGGAGCUCUGGUCCUCCAAGGAUGCCGAGAGCAUUACCAAGUCAUCAUAAUUGUUAGCAAUUUUGUGUUUUGUUUUGUUUUCCCCCACCAAAUCUAACCUUUACCUUUUCCACACACACACACACACACACACACACACACACACACACACACACACACACACACACACACACACACACACACACACACACACUUCUAGCACACAACUGGCUUAGCCAGUGCUCUUCAUGUGAAAACUACUCAAUCACAAAAAACCUUUGAUGUGGUUGAUAACCUUCCCUUAAGGUUUUUAUUUUACAUUUGCUUGUUUAUUUUUAAUUUUCUCAUUUUUAUUCAGCUUUAGCAUACAUCAUUUUAUGUUCAUUAUACUGUAUUUUUAUAUUUCUCAUUUGAUGUCAAGUGCUGUGGAGUUCAUCCACAGUGAAAGGUUAGUUGAUAGUGACCAAAAUCUUUUGAAUCGCUCAUAAGAGGGAUGAUUCUCUUAUUGGUGUCAUCAUGAUCCUGUUUGGCAGUACUAGUAUUGGUUUGUUUUUGUUGUUAUUUUUUCGUAAGAUUGGUCUCAAGAUGAAAUGCUUGCAUGAAUAUAAAGACUUAGAUUAAACACUCAGGUACAAAUUUCGGGGUAUUGCAUCAAAAUUAAUCAUCAAUCUUAUGUCCGUAGUCGACCUAAUGUUUGUUUUUAUGAUUAAUAUUUUCCCCACGCUUGUGUUGCAGCAAUCAUUACUGUUUUCAGACUACAUGGCCUACCAGUGUUCCUUUCAAUAGUAAGACUGUCUUUAUAUUUUGUUUUACUUUGUUAGUGCAGGGUAUUUUAUCUGUGAAUCUACAGGGUACGCUGUACUGUAAAUAACUCACUAGAGUUUAAUUCAGCCAAUGCCUUUUUACUUACCUGCUCUUUCCACACAUCACUUUAUUUUGGCAUAAGAAUCAAUGAUGAAACAUUUAGCAUAUCCUAUAAGAAUGUGAUUUAAACCAAUCAAAUAAUAUUGUUGUCUUAUUCAUGGGGUUCCUUUUCAAAUGAGGCAUUUGAAUGUCCAAAUGCCCAUUGCUGAAGAUUAACAUAUUUUAGUUUUUCAAAUUAACAUUUACACUUGACUGAAUUCUAAAACUGUGAUAUACUUUUACUCUCCCUUUUUCUGAUACCCUAUAGUGUUUUGAAUGAUGAUCCUUUUUUGCCUAAAGUCACGUUGUUCUCUUAGCUAAAGUAUCUGGCAUUGAUGUCAUCUAGUGAUAAUAUCUUUGCUCAUCAUAUCUGGGUUCAGCAUGCCUCUUUCUGAAUCUCUGUUGUCUUAUUUUAGUGUUUAUCAUAUUUUUAGUUAAUGCUCUUCAGCAGACUGCACAUCUUAAAUUUUAAUACCCCCUUUUUUUUUUAUUGUUGCUUAAUGAUUUAUUGCAAAGGCAUAUGUACAUAGGUACCACAAGGCAGAGUGAAUGUACUGUGAUGCACUGCACUGUACUUGCGCCUUGCUGCAUGGGACCAUGCUUGUACUAUAAAUUAAGAUAUUCACAGGGAACUAGGUCUCAGAGGAAAUUACAUUUAUGAUGCGUCACAUACCCCCCCCCUUCCUGUCAUCACAUAGUUUUGGCCUUUUCCUGUGGGCUUCUCUAUGACAGGGGAUUUGUUGGGACUUUGUGAGUACAUACUUAACAGUGUGGCUCCUAAGCAUUGCUCAGGAAAAUGGAUGAGUCUCAAUGAUCCAGCUAUGUAACCCCUAAUGUUCAUUGUUAAAAGCUGUUGUUCAAUUGAGCUUUAUGUUCACUAAAUUGCAGAUCAGUUUCAUACUCUUAAAUAGGCAAAUAGUCAGUUGUUGGGGUUUGUCAUGCUCAUCUAUGAAAGCUAGUAAGCAGAAAGGAGAGGGGGGUGCGGUAGGUCUACAUUCAAAUGAACACUUCCAUCACAGGUUUGAUAUGCACAUUUACAUGUUGACGUGAAACUGUGAUUGAGUCUUGUGAUUUGUCACUGCGGCCGUUUUAUAAGCUGUGACCUCUCCAGUGGUUCAUGCAUUUGUGUAAAAAUGCAGUUUCUUGAAAUUAAUGAGAUGCCUGUUUUUUUUAAUCCUAUUGCUUUUUGUGUUUUGUAGUGGAAAAAAUGGUAAAGCCAGGUGUUUUCCUGCCUUAUAUGUUAAAUGCCAGAAGCAAGUGGUCUGUAUAGAUAAUUAGUUUUGGUAGUUUUGGCCUUUUCCUGUGGGCUUCUCUAUGACAGGGGAUUUGUUGGGACUUUGUGAGUACAUACUUAACAGUGUGGCUCCUAAGCAUUGCUCAGGAAAAUGGAUGAGUCUCAAUGAUCCAGCUAUGUAACCCCUAAUGUUCAUUGUUAAAAGCUGUUGUUCAAUUGAGCUUUAUGUUCACUAAAUUGCAGAUCAGUUUCAUACUCUUAAAUAGGCAAAUAGUCAGUUGUUGGGGUUUGUCAUGUUCAUCUAUGAAAGCUAGUAAGCAGAAAGGAGAGGGGGGUGCGGUAGGUCUACAUUCAAAUGAACACUUCCAUCACAGGUUUGAUAUGCACAUUUACAUGUUGACGUGAAACUGUGAUUGAGUCUUGUGAUUUGUCACUGUGGCCGUUUUAUAAGCUGUGACCUCUCCAGUGGUUCAUGUAUUUGUGUAAAAAUGCAGUUUCUUGAAAUUAAUGAGAUGCCUGUUUUUUUUUAAUCCUAUUGCUUUUUGUGUUUUGUAGUGGAAAAAAUGGUAAAGCCAGGUGUUUUCCUGCCUUAUAUGUUAAAUGCCAGAAGCAAGUGGUCUGUAUAGAUAAUUAGUUUUGGUGGCAUGUGUAUUUUCAGUGUCCCGUCUGCCUUCCAGUGCAAUGGCCUUUUUGUCUGUAUGUUUGAGGAGAUGCUAUACAUUUAGACUUGCAAAGCCAUUGAGAAUCAUCCAAAUGUUUUCAAACAACUUAAAUGCCACAAAAGUCCCUUUGUGUAUAUAUUAUAAGAUCAUUUAUCAAAAGAUCUUGGCAUAAACAGGAAUAAUAUUUUCAUAUUAAGCCUUAGACUUUUUGUUUAAUUUUUGUUCCAAAUCCUGUAUAAGAACACAAUUUAAUUUUCUACAAGAGGUUCUCUCUCUUCAAAGUCUGCAACUCUUCAAAAUGUCAUAAUAAACUCUUCUCACCCUCUCAAUACUUUCAAGCAGUUGCACAAGUAAAUUAUUUGGUCUUGUUUACAUUGUUUACUUUUCUGUUCCAUAUGUGCUUUUAUUUUAGGAACCACAAUUUUCCUCCGACACGCAGCACUGUGUUUACACCAGUUUUUAGAUGUGUUUGCACGCAGUACGCCAAGGUACAAAUUACACAAUAAACUGCUAAUGCUCAGUCUUUUAUAAUCUAUAGAACAAACGAGAAAAGAGGGGCUUGAAGUUACUGAAACUAAGCGUGACUGUGUCUUUAUAUGGAUAUUUAAGGUCCACGUGGGUUGAGUGAGCAAAGAUGAAUAUACUCAAAGUUUGUACUCUAUGCUGUAUACAAAACUUGAUCAGCAAGGAGGCCUUAAGGCAGGAGGAGGUCUUGGCUCUUGUCUCUUUAUCCCCCAUCAGGUUUUAUUGGUAACACUACAAUAAGGUUAUAUUCAUUAACAUUAUCUAAUGCAUUAGGUAUCAUGAACAAACAAUAAACAAUAUAUAUUUUUUACAGCAUUUAUAAAUAUUUGGUAAUGUUAAUACAAAUACAAUAUAAAUUGUUAGUUCACUGUGCAUGAACUAAUAGUAACAAAUACCAUUUUUGAAUUUAACAGUGUAUUACUAUUUUAAAUGUAACAUUUACAGUUUAUUCAUUUUGGUUAAAGUAUUGUUCAUUGUUAGUUCAUGUUAACUAAUGUUAACAGAAGGAACCUCAUUAUGAAGUGUUACUGGUUUAUUUUUGUCUUUGUACUUUAGCCCUCCAGUUUAACUGCUACAAGAAUCUAUAAUAAAAUGCAAUGUCUCCUUUCAUUUCCCCAGUCUUGUCUGCUCCUUUUCUCCCCUUGUUUAUUAUUAUUUUUAUGAGCUUUUGGAGUAAAAUAAUAAAUGGUAUG